UCCUGAUGAGGUGCACUUACAGGCGGAGACAACUAGAAACAUUUCGGUGUCACAAGGUGACACAUGGUGACAACUAGAAACAUUUCGCAGCGUUAAACUCAGGGACACGCGCACUCGUUCCAGUCGGUGGACUUUCACUGUGUUUGUUGGCAAGGGCAAGAAAUCUGCGCAGGUCAAUCGUCCUUCUGCUCGGAGUCGUUUCCGUAGAGAACAAGCCUGGAUUAAACAGCCUUCAAUUGCCCCGGCGCCGCGACUGUGACUGAAACCGACCGAAAUGGAAUGAAAGUGAAUCCAUCAAGUGUCACGUCUGUCAGGACUACAGUCAGAACACAGUUGGACUGGACCCGGCCGGCGCUCACAUUCAGUCGCGGGUCAGACGGAGUUGCGCAGGUGCAUGGUACCAGUGUGUGGUUUGUGUGUGAUUACUGUGUGUGUGUGUGUGUGUGUGUGUGUGUGUGUGUGUGUGUGUGUGUGUGUGUGUGUGUGUGUGUGUGUGUGUGUGUGUGUGUGUGUGCGUGUGUGUAUGCGUGAGAGUGUGUGUGUAUGCGUGAGACUGAGUACGUGUGUGUGCACGAUGAGUGCUGCUGUGGUCCUGGAGGAGAUGUUGAUCAAGCGCUCGCAGCAGAAGAAGCGUACGUCACCGCUCAACUAUAAAGAGCGCCUGUUCGUCCUGACCAAGACCAGGCUCACCUACUACGAGGGUCGAGCAGAGAAGAGGUUUAAGAAGGGCUGUGUGGACGUCCAGAAAAUCAGGUGUGUGGAGAUUGUAAAGAAUGGAGGAGUCCCCAUUCCCUGCCAAAACAAAUAUGCAUUCCAGAUUGUUUACGAUUCCAACACUCUCUAUAUAUUUGCCCCAACCAACGAUAGUCGAAGCCUAUGGGUGCAGCACAUAAAAGAAGAGAUCAAGCACAAUUCUUUUAUUGUGGCAAAGUUCCACCCUCAGUUCUGGUUGGAGGGGAUGUGGCUUUGCUGUCGGCAGGCUGAGAAACUGGCACCAGGCUGUGAGGAAUAUAAUCUACAAGGAGACAUUUCAAGGAAACCUCUGCCCCCCAUUCCUGGUGAAGAGCCCUCCAAUGAGGUCCGUCGCCCACCCCCUCCACCUCCGCCCGAGUAUGACGAGCAGGAGGAGGAGCCCAAGGAGGAAGUGGUCAUCGCCAUGUACGACUUCACAGGCACAGAGAGCCACGACCUCCGACUCAUUCGUGGUGAGGAGUACAUCAUCUUGGAGAAGUGUGAUGUCAACUGGUAUAGGGCACGGAACAAAUACGGGGAAGAGGGGUACAUCCCCAGUAACUAUGUGACAGAGAAGACGUCAGACAACCUUGAUCAGUUUAUAUGGUUCUGUAAGAAUAUAAACCGUGCCAAGGCUGAGGAGCAGCUCAAAAAGGAGGAUAAGGAGGGAGGCUUCAUGGUCAGAGACUCCAGCAGUCCAGGAGCAUACACUGUGUCUUUAUAUACGAGGUCGUCAGGGGAUGGCCUGGCUGUUGUGAGGCAUUACUACAUCAAGGAGACACCAGGCACACCUAAACAGUUCUACCUGGCUGAGAGGCACCUGUUUGACACCAUCCCUGAACUCAUUGAGUAUCACAAACACAAUGCUGCAGGACUGGUUGCCAGGUUACGUUAUCCUGUUGGAAAACAGGGAAGAGUUGCUCCGACAACUGCAGGAUUCAGCUACGAUAAGUGGGAGAUUAACCCAGCGGAGCUGACCUUCAUGAAGGAGCUGGGCAGUGGGCAGUACGGAGUGGUGCGACUGGGCAAGUGGAGAGCGCAGCACAAAGUGGCCAUCAAGGCCAUCAGGGAAGGAGCCAUGUCUGAGGACGACUUCAUCGAGGAGGCCAAGGUCAUGAUGAGACUCUCUCAUCCCAAGCUGGUCCAGCUGUAUGGAGUAUGUACACAUCAGAGGCCCAUCUACAUUGUAACAGAGUUCAUGGAGCUAGGCUGCCUACUCAACUUUCUCAGGCAGCGGAGAGGCAGCUUCAGCUUUGAGGACCUCCUCAGCAUCAGUCUAGACGUGGCGCAAGGCAUGGCCCAUCUAGAGGCCAAUGGAUUCAUCCACAGAGACCUAGCGGCCAGAAACUGUUUAGUGAAUGAGUCGUCCGUAGUGAAGGUGUCCGAUUUUGGAAUGGCAAGAUAUGUUCUUGAUGACCAGUACACCAGCUCCAUAGGCUCCAAGUUCCCAGUGAAGUGGUCUCCCCCUGAGGUUUUCAACUUCUGCAAGUACAGCAGCAAGUCUGACGUUUGGUCCUACGGUGUGUUGAUGUGGGAGGUAUUCACAGAGGGAAAGAUGCCCUUUGAGCAAAGCCAGAACCACGAGGUCGUUCUCAUGGUGACCAAAGGUCAUCGCCUGUAUCGACCCAAGAUGGCCACACCCCCCAUAUAUGAGGUCAUGGAGGCGUGUUGGAAGGAGCAACCAGAGGAACGUCCAUCCUUCUCAGAUAUCUGCUCAAUGAUCACUGAGGCACUGGAGACCGACGCCCCUUCAUCCUGAUCACCCAAUGGCUACCUGGGGAGCUCCACAUGAGGCGGGUCCCACCUUUCUCACAGCACAGUGAUUGGACAGCAUGAAAGGAGUCUUGCCUGACCAAUGAGAGUCUCAAGAGGUCCUGCCAGACGGACAACAGGUUUCUUCUGAGUGUGACACUGGACAGAGAAAUUGAUUGAAGCAACUUUUCCACAAAGGACCCAAGCACACACACACACACACACACACACACACACACACACACACACACACACACACACACACAUACAUACACACACACACACACACACACACACACACACACACACACACAAACACACAGCAGAUUCUUCACUGCCAUACUAUGCCAUUCAUCAACUUCUCAUGAUUCAGCGUAAUGGAUGAACGUGUCUGCUGUAGCUAGGGAAAGCUUUAGUUAAAGGAACACGCUGACUUUUGGAGACUUACUCACCGUAUUGCUAGUUAGAUAAGAUGACAGCUGAGUCUCAUCUGACAUUGUUAUUUGUACAUGUUGUACCUAUAUAAACUAAACGGUAACACUUUACUUGACGGGGUCCUUCACACACAUUCAUAACAGCUGUCAUGAACUGCACAUGAAGCAUUCAUGACUGAUUCAUGAAACAUGACUCAACAUUCAUACCAACACUUUCAUGAAUGUGGAAGACAAAACGACGAAAACUUGUCAAAAUAAAAGUCCAACAAUCUAGUAAUCCAUACAGGGUAUUAUGAAUCCUCUCCAGCGUUUGUAAACAUCUCAUGAAUAUUUUAUGAAGUCUACUUCGAAUAUCACUUUACUAUACGAGUUGUGAAGAAUUCAUCAUAUACUGGGAAGUGAACUACUGACCAUCUGUGGACCUCUGAAUGGUUUGACAUUACUGUUUUCUAUAUCUGUACAGUCGGUGUAGACAAUUAUGCAUUCUUCAGAGAUUACUAUCAUAAAAUAAACAAACAGACAAACAAAAAAAGAAAAUCUCCUGGACACUGGACUUACCCGUUGACUAAGAUGUGACAUGAUCAGGUUGGGUAAAAGAAAAAGGACAGCAAUGCUGCUUUGCGAUUGUUGGACUUUUAUUUUGACAAGUUUUUGACGUUUUGUCUUCCACAUUCAUGAAAGGGUUGGUAUGAAUGUUGAGUCAUAUUUCAUGAAACAGUCAUGAAUCCUUCAUGUGCAGUUCAUGACAGCUGUUAUGAAUGUGUUCUGAAUGAACCCGACAAGUAAAGUGUUACCAACUAAACAAUCACAGCAUGUAAAUGGGAAAAUGUUGGAGUUCUUUUGUCACUAUUGGGAGAUGUAUGCAGUUGGCACCGGUCAGGUCGAGUGACCUGUGCUAAGUUAGGCUAGCGGCGGGUGCGUCAGCCUAAUUAACUACAAGCACGGAGAUGAGAAGAGUACAUAUGGACUUAUCUCACUCUAGGGGAUACGGUGAACAAGCUUAAGUCCCAAAAAGUUGGUGCAUUCCUUUAACUGGAAAGGGGCUUGACCUAAAGCCAACUUGAGAGGAAUAUGUGUGUGUGUGAGGCCUUACGUAACAGAAUGGGGCGGGCGUGUGUGUGUGCGUGCGUGCGUGCGUGCGUGUGUGUGUGUCACACCAUUAAGAGUCACCAUUAGGACAGAUCAGACAGCCUGGACUGAUUGGCCUGUACUCAGAGCCACAGGUGGUCUUAAGAGUGCCUUAGUGUUCUUAUGGUGGCCAUGGAGUUCCAUAUGGAGUUAUUCAGAUGCUGACAGACAUACAACACUGUCUUCCAAUCCCUCUAUGUUGCUGCGUGUCAUAUCCUGUACAAGACGGGUUUUUCUCUUUAGACAGCACUGUCAGCAAUCCAACUGCACCAGAGACUUGCAGAAGACUGCUGAUAUUCUUGCCAAGGACAGCUACCACCCAAAAACUCUGUAUAAUACUACAACUGAGUGCAUUGCACAGGGUGAUUCAUUGUUAGAUUCUUUGGUAACGUGUGUAAUGUAUUGCAAGAUAAUCACUCAUGAUGCAUCAUAGAAAUAUAUUUUUGAAACAUGAA